CUUUGCCCGGUCGCUGGCCCUGCGCAGCCUGAGAUGCUACGCUUGGCCUGUGCUCAGCGGGGAGCCCGCAGAGGCCGCUCCUUUUUGGGGAGCAGCGUUGCGCCGGUCCAGUGGCUUGACUGUACCGCUUCAAUAGCUUCUAGCCGCGCCUAGCGGGCUGAGGAUGUCAUGUUACAGGCUGCUGUGGCUGAAUUAAUUUUUGAGGCUAAAGGUCCGUAACACACUAGCAAACAGCUUCGCGCCCGCCGCGGUUAUAGAGCCGCUCCUGGCUUCUGAUCAUCUCAAUUAGACGCACUCGUAUCUCUUUUGCAGCGCCACAACAGCUGCGACCGGGGGUGCGCAGUCUACUGAGCCUGAGAGCAUCUCACCAGGUGCUCUCCGGGCCCUACGCAGCGCGCGCCGUGCAACAGCGACGCAAAUUCGGCCUCCGGCAAGCACUUAAACAGUGCCAAAAACGCGCCGAAGAAAACGAUGACCAGCGUCCACCUCGCGCUCGGCCAGACGGGCGCCGACGUCGCGAGCCACUUCUGGAGGAUAGCCGCGGGCGAGGCUGCUGAUGAGGACGACAAGAAGCGGCGCAAGGGCGCCUUAUUCGAUGUCCGAAGGCAGACGGCGCGCGCCAUUAUUAUAGAUGGCGACGACCGCGCGCUCGAGGGCUGCCAAUUGCUAGGAGGCAGGCGGCCGGUCUUUGAUGCGAGGGACAUCGUGACGAAGGGCAAUUUCGGCUGCGGCAAGUGCUUUGGCAUGGGCUUUUCGAAGCGAGAGGAGCUGCGGGAAAUGGCCGAGGAACGAUUAAGGCGCGAGGCCGAGCGCUGUUCAAGGGUCGGCACGCUGUCCUUCCUCUUCUCUAUUGAUGGUGGCACAUCUGGUUUGGCCUCCGCACUGCUCCAGGGCGCGCGCGACGACUACCCUACAUCUACAUUGCUCGGCGUGGCUCUGUCGAGGCGCGGCUUCGGGACGCCGAUGGCCGCGUACAACGCCUGCCUCGCGCUGCACCAAUUGACGGAGUACGCUGAUGCUUCAAUCUGGCGCGACUACGCCUGCGACGCGCCCACCGAAGAACCGAACGCGGCCUUCGCCCGGGACCUCGCCGGUCUAUUAUUGCCGCGCCUGCAAGAUAAUAUCGAAAGGCAGUUCUGCGGUCAACGGGAUGUGGUCCUGAGGUGCUGUACUUCAUUACCCUUCUGCGACGUGCGGUCGACACUAUCAAAACCUGUGAAAAAAAGCGACGACUGGCCGAAGCUCGCGUCCCGGUUGGCCGAGGCCUUCCCGAAGGCUGAUGUGUUGGAUCGGCCCUUGGUUGCGUGCCAGGCGACGGCGGUCGCUCGCGGUGUUGGUGACGCGUCGCCGUUGCCUCUAUCAAUGUUGCGGAAGAGACUAGCGCCCGAUGCGCGACGGGCGCCGCCCGGCGCCGUGCUCUUCGAGCCCCACGCCCUGUCUCGGUCCUCUCAUAAGGUCGAUGGGCAGCGUUCGUUGACUUGUGUCGCGCAGACGAAUCUCGCGCCGGCGCUGCUCGUCGAUUACUUGGACAAGCUCGCCAAACUUAGAUCCAUGGGCGCGUACCAGCAGCACUUCGCGAAGUACGGGCUCGAAGACGCGGACUUCGGCGUUUGUAGCGAGGCGCUUUGUGGAGUGGUCGACGCGUACGACGCUCGGUUCGGGUUCCUGCCGGAGCCGCCGCCGCCACCUGGUCCGUAGUAAGUUUUUUUGUGUUUGUG